UGUUAUUCUUCUUAACUUUUCCCCCGGAAGUUGUUCGAGUAAACAUAUCGCACAUGUUGCAAACAAGGACAGUAAGUGGAAAAGAUGGAUGAAAAGAAAAGUAACAGUCCCAAAAAUACAUCUCGGGAUCUUCUGGUCUGCGGGAACGGACAAGGAAUUCACGAUAAGCUGUUACUGAAAUCCAAGGGUGCAUCGUCCCUGCAGACAGAAAAGGUCCCGAGAAGCAGCGUUCUUGACAGGCUUCAGUGUUUCCUGCCUCAGAUGGCUCUGGCUAAUGAGACAUUAAGGCAACAGAUGGAGAAUCUUCCCGCAGGUCACUUUGACAUCGAGAGUGUUGAGGAAGCAGAGAAAGUCAUUGAGAUGGAUGUUUCUGUGGUGGAGCUGGAGGGCUCAGACAGCAGCGAGGAAGAGGAGUCAUCCGAGGAGGAGAGCUCAGAUGAAGAGAUCAUCAGUACAGAAACGCUUAAACUACCUGGCAACCGAAAAAGAAAAGCCAACAUUGAAGUGCUGCAAAAAGAAGGAGAAUGAAUCGACACGUCUCCUGAUGCAAACACAGCACCGCUUUACAGUCCACACCCACCGAGGGUCUGGGAAUCACUCUGCUAAGCCAAGAUCUCAUGAGCUCCUGUAAAUAUGGACCUGAAACAGAGCUUAGUUCAGCUUACAUGCUGAGUGACGGACAUGUUUGAUGAUCCUGAAGUGCUGAGGAUUUUCACUUGCAGUGAAAAUGCAGUGCAGCCUGAUUAUAUUUGGUUGUCUAUGAGAGAAAAACCUUCACAGAGGUUCCAUAGAUAUACGGUGAAUUACAGCAACAUGAAUUAGAUGAAAACGAAUUUCAAGAUAAUGAUCUUUGUUGGUAUAAAAUUUUGCGUUUGAAACAUAACUGAUCAAAACCUUAAUCUCAAAAUAAAACAAUUUUUAUUUAGGA